AGUUACAAAGGAAGGUUGGUUAAAAUGCCCAUUCCGUCCUAUUCCUUUGCGUAGUGAAUAAAGGAAAGAAGAUUUCAUAAAUGCUUCGUAGACAAGGUUAUAGAAUGAGAUUUCUGCUGAUUUUUCUGAUCUUGGAUUUAUUGGCAAGCACAAGUGCUCAGAAGAUAGAUAUUCCUCCAGAACCUGCAUACAAAGGGCAUUUUCGAAACGACGGGGAACGAAUGAACAUUGCCAGAAAGGUAGCGCACUGGACCCCUAAAGAGAAGACUACUGCUUGGGAAGAAAGUGGCCUCUACCAAGGAGAUAUUAUGGAACUCGAUGACCAAGACAGUCGUAAUGGUGUGGAAGGUGAUGGCAAGCGGUGGCCAAAUGCCACAGUGCCCUAUUACAUCCAUAAGGAUUUCUUCAAUAAACACGAAAAAAAACGAAUUCUUUCAGCUAUGGAUGAAUUCCAUAAAAAUACUUGCAUCACGUUUCGUCCAUACAAUAAUCAUGACUCCACCUAUGUCGUAAUUAAAGGAGAAAACGGUGGUUGUUGGUCAUAUAUUGGAAGAGUUAGCGGCACUAAAAAACCAGGGCAACAGCUCAACUUACAAACACCGAACUGUGCGAAACGUGGAACUAUUGUACAUGAGUUGUUGCACGCACUCGGAUUCUACCACCAACACAGUUCAACCGAUCGAGAUCGUUACGUUAAAAUUCUAUGGCAAAAUAUUAAACCAGGAAAGGAGUCAGAUUUUCAGAAAAAGCUUUCAAAAGAUUUCAAUGUUGGCUAUGACUACGACAGCAUAAUGCAUUACAGUGCUUAUGCAAAUUCUAAAAAUAAGAAGCCUACAAUUCUUCCCAAGAAUAAUAAAGCCAGCAUUGGACAAAGAAUAAAAUUAAGUAAGAAAGAUAUUAUGAAACUUUCAACCAUGUACCGCUGUAAAAAAGUAAAUGGCAAGUGGAAAUUCUACUAGAGAUCAUCCUGUGAAUAUUGUUACAUUCCAAAUGUAAAUUGUAAUUUAAUAUAACACUCAAAACACACCGGAAAGUAGAGUAAUUCGUUUUUUAAAUAUGUUCACAAAGAGUCUUGUAAAUUAAAUUGAAAUAAAAA